AUGGCGACAAUAGCCAAGGAGCCGGCAGCCUCUGAGAAGAAGCAGCGUCCCAGCGCUCUGCGAUCGGUCAUUGCUGGUUCGACGGCCGGCGCGAUUGAAAUCGCCAUUACUUACCCUGCCGAGUUUGCGAAGACAAGGUCGCAGCUCAACAGGCGGCUAGCCGAGGGAAAGAAGCUGCCAUGGCCACCGUUCGGAGCGCAGUGGUAUGCGGGAUGCACCACGCUCAUCAUUGGCAACUCUGCCAAGGCAGGCAUCCGAUUCGUUGCUUUUGACCAAUUCAAGAGCCUGCUCGCCGACGAGAAUGGCAAGCUUUCUGGCCCACGAACCGUCCUGGCAGGCUUCGGCGCUGGUGUUACCGAGUCGCUGCUUGCUGUAACUCCCACAGAGAGUAUCAAAACUACUCUCAUCGACGACCGCAAAUCUGCCAAACCUCGCAUGCGUGGCUUCCUCCAUGCCGGCCCCAUCAUCGCCCGUGAGCGUGGUAUUCGCGGUUUCUUCCAGGGCUUCGUCCCUACGACAGCUCGCCAAGCCGCGAACAGUGCAACCCGCUUCGGCGCCUACAACUUCUUCAAGCAGAUCGCCGAAUCUUACACUGCGCCGGGAGAGAAGCUUGGCGCCGUGGGCACCUUUGCCAUGGGUGGUCUCGCAGGUCUGGUCACGGUGUAUGUGACGCAGCCUCUGGACACGGUCAAGACGCGCAUGCAAAGUAUCGAGGCCAAGAGCAUGUAUGGCAAUACAUUCAGAUGCGCGGCUAUGAUCUUCAAGCAAGAGGGCAUCUUCACAUUUUGGAGUGGAGCGCUGCCCCGGCUGGCGAGAUUGGUAAUGAGUGGAGGCAUUGUGUUUACCUUGUAUGAGAAGAGCAUGGACCUAAUGAACAAGCUGGAUCCUGAGAUGAAGUACAUCUAA